AUGACGCUCUGGAUUCAGGGAGCCUUUCCCGUUGCCGAAGCCAGAUUGCACAACUGCCUGGCUCAGGAGCACCGUCGAUCAGUCCUGGCGGUCCCUCAAGAGACCUGGGUACCUUUGGCUCUCAGCACAGCGCCAAGCUUCAAACUUCUCGUUGCGAAAGUCCAACAGACGUUUGGUCGUGAUCAUAUCGUCUCUGUGGCUGGAUCCUGCGUUCACCAAAGCUCUCUGACUCCCGGUGAAUAUGACGGUUCCGGCGAGUGGCAAAACGUGCUGUUCAUAGCAGACGGUUAUGUCUUCAAAUCUAGCCCCAGAGGCGAGGAGACGAGAUGGGACAGCCGUUAUGGCUAUACAGAGCCAGUUCUCGUAUAA